UCUCCACGGUGAUAUAAGAGGUAAACAGAUGGGUCUUUAGUGACAUAGAGGUAAAUAAGAUGGGAGACAGUGUGGCAACCAGUGAAGAUACAGAUGAAAAACCUAAGACUGUGAAGGUCCAAGGGUUUAGACCACACACAAGCAAUGAUGCACUUGAAUUGUAUUUUGAAAAUCCCAGGAAGGGUGGAGGAGACAUUCUUCAUUUCCAACGACAUAGCGAUGUUAUCUACAUAACAUUUGCUGAUUUCAAAGUUGCUAAGACCAUUGUUGAAAAGACCCACAGGUUUGGCGACUGUGAUCUCCAAAUACAGUUUUCCAUCGCCCCAUCUCCACAGGCUGUUCGACCCAGCUACACUGACAGAGUGCUGAUUACAGGUAUCGGAGAGUGCACAACAACAGACUGUUUGAUAAACUACCUGGAAGUCCGAGGUCAGUGUGACAUCAGGGAUAACAAUGUCCUGUACGGUGACAAUCAAGGAAUGGCAGUUGUCAUAUUUGAUAAAAUGCCAGACCUGGAAAAACUCCAAGCAGAAUGUGCAAAACGACCUCUGGAAGGUUCUAACUUGACAGUCAGCAAGGUUCUCGUUAGUAAGACUAUCAUUGUACGGGGACUAAAAUCAAAGACCACUAAAGAUACAGUUAGUAACUACUUUGAAGGGAAACGUUCUGGUAAUGUGGAUGGUGUUGAGGUUGAGAAGGUUCGGAUGAUUUCUAAUAAAGGUUACUGUCUGGUUUGCUUCAGAGAUCAUACAGCCAUUGAGCCAAUUGUGACCAUUAGCAGACGCCACAAGCUUGAUGGCGCUACUCUGGAUGUUGCCGUUUAUCACGAAUGUCUUUUUGAUGAAGACGACGAUGACGACGACAGUGAGCCAACCUUGUGUGAAAUCCCAGCUCCAGUGGAAGUCAAAAACCUUGAUAAGCACAAACUGAAAUUUAUUCAAGAGUCCAAAACAUCAAAUGAAUCUCUUUUCAAAGAUUUGGAGUGUCGUCAUGCCAAACUAAGCUGGUCAGAAUUAGAUGAUAGAUCAGUUACUCUAACAUGUACUCUGACAAAGGAGAUGCCAGAUGCUUGUUCCUUGUCAAGCAGCUGGGCUAGUGAUGCAGAAAAUGUGUUGCUCAAAUAUCUGAAUGUGCUACAAGUUGAGGAAAUACAUGUUCUUCAAGAUAUAUGGGAUGAAGUUGUGAAAGAAUGGGAUGUCAAGCACACUGAUGAUGCGAGUGUGUUCAUUUUGAGGGAUCUCUCUAUAGUAGUUGUUGUUGGACAUGCAGCAGUUGUCAGAACUACAGCGGAAGAAGUGAAAUCUUUGGUGAAGAAGAUCAAAGAAACAUAUGAAAAGAAAAGCAAAGAAACAUUUGAGACCAUUAGCAGUAUAAAAUCAAUACUACUGCAUCUACUUCUGAUAAAUGACUUUCCCAAGAAAAUGAUGAAAAAAUAUCCUGGGUUGACAGUUAAUAUAAAGAUUCAAACAGCUGAAAUAGUUUUUCAAGGAGAUCUUGGAUCUGUAAACAAAGCAAAGCUUGAAAUGUACCAGUCAUUACUUCAGACUACUAAAGAGUCCAGGUUAUCCAAUCUGUCCGAGGGUCAGUUGCAGUUGGUUAUUAAGAAACGUGUUCAAGAUUAUAUUUUUAAGAAAUUAAAAAGCAAAAAUAUAUUAGGUGCCUGGGAAGUAAGUGAUACCGGAGUCACAGUCUUGACAUUCAGUGACACUGAUCCCAUGGAGGUUGCAGAAGUGAUCAGUGAGUCUGUGGUUGAGAACAAACAGACUCUAGAUCCUGAGACUGUUACCCUGUUGUCAUCAGAGAAAUGGAAGUCAUUCACUACUCAUUUGUCGGCUAGAUUUGAUGAUCUUCUGGAAAUCACUCAUGAAGCUGGUAAAAGUAGUAUUACCAUUAUUGCUACAGAUGAUAUCAUUGCUACUGUAACAAAGGAAGUUGAUCAAUUCAUUUUGGAUAAUGCCAUAUAUAUCCAGUCAGUAAAGUUUCCAUCAGGUAUCCAUCGCUUUUUGCAGCAGUACUGUGAGAGAGAGAUAAAUCAAAUAAUGUCUGAUUUGAAAAGGCUUCAAGCAGUCAUACAAUGUACACUUACUGGCAAUGAAUUUACCAUUAAUGCUACUAAAAAUGGAAUGGAUUCAGUUACAAAAGCUUUAGAAGAAUUGUCUAGUAAAAUUGAACAAAAAAAGUAUGUACAUAAACGAUCUGGCAUGUGCAAGCUGAUGCAAUCUCUAAGAGGAAGUCAGUUUAUUGCUGGAUUGGAGUCCAGAGAAAGAUGCAUCAUUGAAACAGAAUUUGUUGAUGGUCAAACACUGAUUGCAAAAAGCCACCACACAGUGGAACAAGCAACAUCUGCAGCUGAAAUUGUUGAAAGUAAUAUGUCCAAUUUGAAAGUUCAACAUGGUGUCACAGUCUGUGCUUCUGCUGAAAAUGUGGAUAACAAGGCCAGUUUUUCUAAAGGUGUUGUCAAACAAGGGAAAUUACCAGAGUUAAUGACGAUAAACAAGCUGAUGUAA